AUGUUGCCUCUACCGCGUGCCGUGACCCUUUGCGUCUCUUUUGCUGCCCUUUCGUGGUCCAGCCGCGUCCAAGCGAGCGCGGCUCAGGUUGAUCUCAAUGGCGCCUUCAACCACAAGAGCACUCUAUCAGUAAUACCCGCCAUCUGGCCCCCUCCCCAGAACAUCUCCGCCUCUGGCGCGUGCGCGGUGCGUCUCAGCAGCGCCGUCACCAUUGUCACCGGCAACGCCACCGACGCCCCGACAAUCGAGGCCAUCCAGGCCAUCGUCGCUGGCGCAGGCGGACACGCCACCGUCUCCGCCCACGCCGCCAGCGGCGCCGGCACCCAGAUCUUAGUCGGCACCGACUCGGAGAAUGAAGCCGCAGCCGCGGCUGCCAAGGCGCUCACCGGCGCGUCGGCUUACGGCCUUGCCGCCGACGGCUACGUCCUCGCCGCCGGCCAGUACAACGGCCAGCCAACCGUCGUUCUCAACGGCGUCAAUGUCCGCGGCACGUUUUACGCCGCGCAGACGCUGCGCCAGCUCGUCGGCGACAAGCACGGUGUUCCGGGCGUCCGCGUCCGCGACUGGCCGCUGAUGCCCAUCCGCGGCUCCAUCGAGGGCUUCUACGGCAUCCCCUGGUCGCACCAGGCCCGCAAGGACCAGUACGUCUUCUACGGCCGGCACAAGAUGAACACGUACAUCUACACGCCAAAGGGCGACCCGUACCUGCGCGCCACCUGGCGCGAGCUCUACGGCGGCGCCGACCUGGACCAGCUCAAGGACCUGAUCGCAACAGCCAACGCGAACCACGUCGACUUUACGUAUGCCCUCUCCCCCGGCCUGGACCUCUGCUACACCUCGGACGCCGACUUUCGCUCGACCGUCGCCAAGCUGGAGCAGCUGCGCACGCUCGGCGUCUCCAGCUUCUACAUUGCGCUCGACGACAUCCCGCUCACGUUCCACUGCGACUCGGACAGGCAGCAGUUCCCCGACAACGGCGACUGGCACUGGAUCGCGGAUGCGCAGGCCUCGUACCUCAACCGCGUGCAAAACGAAUACAUCAAGGCACAUGACGGUCUCGCGGACCUCGAGACGGUCCCCACAAACUACGCCGGCAGCGCGCCCGACCCGUACAAAGGCCAGUUUGGCAAGCAGCUGGACAAGAGCAUUCGCGUCCAGUGGACCGGCGAGGGUGUCUUUUCCGACAAGAUCACUGUCGAGAGCGUCGUUCGCGCCGACGCGACCUAUGUCACCGACAAGCUCUUCAUCUGGGACAACUUUCCCGUCAACGACAACAAGCCCGCCCGCCUCUUCCUGAACCCGCUCACCGAGCGCGCCGCCGACCUGUACAAGCACAUGAUUGGCUUCACCUCCAACCCCAUGGUGCAGUCGUACGCCUCCCUGAUCGCCCUGGGCAACUACGGCGACUAUGCGUGGAACAGCCCCGCCUACGAGCCGGCCGUGUCGUGGGCCGCCGUCGUCCAGGAGCUCGCUGGCCCGGACGAGCGCAUCCGCGCGGCUCUCCUCGCCUUUGCCGAUAUCAACCAGAACUGGCCGUACCGCAACAGCACUGAGAGCGCGCCGCGGCUCAGCGAGGACAUUGCUGCGUUUUGGGCUGCGCGGUCUUCCCACAGCACGCAGGACGGCGCUCUGGCCAGCCGUCUGGAGCUCAUCGCGGCCCUUCCGGGUGUUCUCCCCGGCAUGGCCAUGGAGCCGUUUGCGGCCGAGGUCGCGCCCUGGUCCGCCGUCGCGAUGCAGUGGGCUAGGGCCAGCCAGCACAUCGUGGCGAUGCUGGCGGCCCUUGACGGCGGCGACAAGAGCAAGGCCGGCAUCGAGUACAAGGCGGCGCAGGAGUGGGUUGAAAAGACAAAAGCAAAAACUGUGAGCAGCCUCGGUGAAGACGGCAAGGUUGUGCCUAAUUCCAUAACGCCGACCACGGGCGACGGGGUUUUUGAUGCCUUUAUUGCGAAUGCGACGACUAUUUACAAGGGGCAGUAG